CCUGGUUAGUCCAACCCGUUUACUUCCCGAAAAUGUCAUCGAUUCUCUUUCGCUACGCCGCCCGUAAAUCUGCCGCCGGCGGCGGCGGCCCCAAUUUCCGGCAGGCCUUGUGUUAUUCCCUCUCCCUGCUCGACGGCUCGACUGUCGGCGCAUUGUCGGCAGGUGCGAAGCCUGAAUUCUCGAAUAAUCAGCUUCUGCGCCACUUCUCGCGUUUCUCUCGUCUCGCUUCUAGUUCCGACUUCCCGCGGGAAAUUGCGAGACCGUGCGGCCUGAAUUUGAGGUUCGCGGGGAGGAUUUCGACGCUAUCGAACAAAGAAAAUCGAGGCCAAGGGGAGGAGCCUUUGAAGGCGGAGGUUUCGUGGGUUGAUCUCUACUUACCGAGAUAUGUACGGCCUUACGCCAAGCUCGCGCGGCUCGAUAAGCCGAUUGGGACUUGGCUACUCGCUUGGCCUUGUAUGUGGUCAAUUUCGAUGGCGGCUCAGCCCGGCAAUCUACCGGAUAUAAAGAUGAUGACUCUGUUUGGCUGUGGGGCGUUGCUUUUACGAGGAGCUGGUUGCACGGUUAAUGACCUUCUCGACAGGGAUAUUGACACCAAGGUAGAGCGCACAAGGUUAAGGCCGAUUGCUAGUGGUCUUUUGACACCAUUUCAGGGGCUAUGUUUCCUCGGCUCUCAAUUGCUUUUGGGUCUUGGAAUUCUCCUUCAACUGAAUGAUUAUAGCAAGAUUUUGGGAGCAUCAUCAUUGUUACUGGUUUUCUCGUAUCCUCUCAUGAAGAGAUUCACCUUUUGGCCUCAAGCGUAUCUGGGUUUAACGUUUAACUGGGGAGCUUUGUUAGGUUGGUCUGCGAUAAGAGGAAGUCUAGACCCAGCUAUUGUGUUGCCACUGUAUGCGAGUGGAGUGUUCUGGACUCUCGUGUAUGACACUAUAUAUGCACAUCAGGAUAAGGAAGACGAUCUGAAAGUGGGUGUUAAAUCUACAGCAUUGAGAUUUGGGGAUUCAACUAAGCUAUGGAUCACUGGGUUUGGAAUUGCAUGCGUUAGCAGUCUUGCUGUCAGUGGAUUUAAUGCCGAUCUUGGUAAACUUGUUUCCCUUUGACCCGUCCAAUUUCUUAUAUGUUAAUUAGUUAUGACAAUGAAAGGAUUUUUGCUUAUUCUUUUACCUUCCCUCCCCCCUCCCACUUGGCAAACAGGAUGGCCAUAUUAUGUGAGUUUAGCAGCAGCAUCCGGACAAUUAGCUUGGCAGAUUCAGACGGUCGACCUAUCCAGUCGAGCUGAUUGCAACAGGAAAUUUGUGUCGAACAAAUGGUUUGGCGCUAUCAUCUUCAGCGGGGUUUUAUUCGGCAGACUCCUGCAGUAGCGAUAAAUAACACACCGAAUACAUGUACACAGGACUCAGGAGUAAUGCUUGCACAUCCCUGAUCACAGGUCGAGGUGAAAUAUGGGAAUGAUGGUCGUGGAAGUGUCAAAGAAGGCUCUUGGCCUCAUCAUGGCUGGUGUCUAAGAAGGUAGAGUCGCAAAAGGCCCAUAAUUAACUGGGUUAGGUUUUCAUUCAUUAGUGACAAAUCGAUGGCAGAAAAGAAGGAGGAUUGUUUUCCAUUGUAUCAGUUUAAUUAAGAAAAACUUCUGAUUCGUUCAUUCAAGUAAGGCAUCAAUAACUUUUUUGGGAAUUUGUUAUAAACAUAAGCUGAUAUUGAUAUUUGACAAAAUGGUCAUAUUCUAUUGGAUGAAUCAUAGAUAUACAUUUACUUGAAAAGAGUAUUGCUUGCAGAACAUGAAC